UACAUUACCAACACAAUACUUUCAAACCGUCGUAUUUGCCAAGUUUAGCUCUUAAUUUUUGUUGGCCUGAAGGUGAUUAUCUUCUCCAUUAGCCAGAUAAUCACCGAAAGGCCUCUGAUCGUAUUCAGGGGGGGUUCAUGGGCGUUAAAGAUUUUCAUAUCAAGCAAAGGCUGAAACGCUUCCUCAUGAGAAGUGGAGAGGGGAGGAAGAAGAAAGAAGCCACCAUGGCAAAGAAACCGUCGUGGAUGAUGCCUGCAGUCUCACAUGGAUAUCACACCAUUGAGAGCAACACAUCACCGGCUACUUAUGGUGAUUCCGAUUCGGACUUUGUUGUGGCUCAAAGAGAGCAAAUUGAAGAGCUUGAGCUGUGGUUUUUUGGAGUUUUUGAUGCCGGGGUUGGCGACGGAGUUACCAAGUACAUGCAGUCACAUUUGUUUGAUAAGAAGCCUAAAGAGUCUCAUAUAAGGGGAAAGAGCAAGGAGACAAUGAGAAAAGCCUAUCUUGGUGCUAGAUCGAAGGUUAGAGAGGCCUCGGAGGAGACGAAAGGAGUCGGUUCAGUUUCUGCACUGGUGAUCGACGGGGAAAAGCUUGUAUUAGCUAACAUGGGAGACUAUAGAGCAGUUGUGUGUAAAGAUGGUUUGGCUCGUCAGAUAGGCAGCAGGAACAAGCAAUCAACCAAAAAAAGUUGGUCACACAGGUUCUUUAGAGGUAAUGCAGCAAACACCAAGAGUUCCAAAAGCACAGACCUUGUUGUUGGGGUUGAAAGGGUUGAUCCCGACACUGAAUUUGUCAUUUUGGCAAGCACUGGCAUAUGGGAGGUAAUGAAGAAUCAAGAGGCUGUGAAUCUCAUCCGGCACAUCGAAAAUCCACAGAAGGCUUCCGAGUGUUUGGCGGAAGAAGCGUCAAAUAGGAUGAGCAGGGGCUGCAUUUCUUGCUUGGUCAUCAGAUUUGAUUAACAUGCGACACAAUUUGCUUGAGCACUCGUUUGUUCAUCUUGUAUUAGACACUUUUUGGGUUUGAUUUGAAUCUCAUUCAAACAACUCCAAACCUGAUAGGGCCUGAGAAAACCCCAAAUGAAGGUUAUUCUACUGUGUAGCCAUUUUAAUGUCCUCGUGACGAAAGAUAGAUAGAGGGUAGUUUACAACGUUUGUACCUGAGAUUUUGCCGACCUCGGUGGUUCGCAACUGUGAGUAUUAACCAACUUCUGCUAGAAGACGCCCGGAGUUUGAAUUCAAUUCUCCCUUCCCCAUUGAUAAAAACCCCCAAAAAAACAAAGGAUUGAAGGUGAAAUAUUGUGAACCCAUCGAGUUAAAUGUUGCGCAAUGCUCUCCUAAACCAAUUUGUGCAACAAAGAGUGAAGAUUUAUAGGUGA